AUGGAGCGCCCGAGGAAGACCCGGGCCGGGCUCGCCCUCCUCGCCGCCGCUGCUCUGCUGACCAGCCUGGGGAUGGGUGUAGUGGCCGCCGAAGCCGAAGAGCAGGAAUCGGUGGAUCCCGGAAAGCUGCUAGUAUUGACCGCGGCCACGGAGGAGACAGAAGGGUACCAGCGCUUCCAACGGACAGCCAAAUACUUCAACUACACCGUCAAGACUCUCGGCUUAGGGGAAGACUGGAAGGGAGGGGAUGUUGCCCGAACAGUAGGUGGAGGGCAGAAAGUCCGCUGGCUGAAAGCCGAAAUGAAGAAGUAUGCCAGUGAGGAAGACCUGAUAGUCAUGUUUGUGGACAGCUACGAUGUGAUCCUGGCCGGCAGCCCCAUCGAGCUUCUGUGGAAGUUCCGGCAAUUCGAGAGCAACCUGGUCUUCUCGGCGGAAAGCUUUUGCUGGCCGGAGUGGUCCCUGGUGGAAAAGUACCCCCCAGUGGCUGUGGGAAACCGGUUUCUCAACUCUGGAGGAUUCAUUGGCUACGCCCCCGUCAUCAAUCGCAUUGUCCAGCUGUGGAAGUACAAAGAUGAUGAUGACGACCAGCUCUUUUACACGCGCAUCUACUUGGAUCCAGCCUUGCGGGAGAAAUAUGGGAUCACCCUGGAUCACAAGUCAAAAAUCUUUCAGAAUCUGAACGGCGCCAUUGAAGAGGUUGUCCUGAAGUUCGAACCGACCCGGGUGCGUGCCCGAAAUGUCGCCUACGACACCCUGCCUGUCAUCAUCCAUGGCAACGGCCCUACCAAGUUGCAGCUGAACUACUUGGGGAAUUACAUCCCCAAUGUUUGGACAUAUGAAGGGGGUUGUGAAGUGUGUGACCAAGGACUCCUGGACCUGUCAAGCUUGGCGGAUGACUCCUACCCCCAUGUGCUCAUUGGUGUGUUCAUUGAGCAGCCGACUCCUUUCCUGCCUCAGUUUCUUCAGCGUCUCCUGACCUUUGAUUACCCUUACUCUCGACUCAGCCUCUUCAUCCACAACCGGGAGGUGUAUCAUGAGCCGCACAUCCAGGCUGAGUGGGAGCCGCUUCGAGGGGCUUUCAACAGCAUCAAGCUUGUGGGACCAGAGGAGGAAUUGAGUGACGGCGAGGCCAGAGAUAUGGCCAUGGAUCUCUGCCGCCAGGACCCCGCCUGCGACUAUUACUUCAGCCUGGAUGCCGAUGUGGUUGUGGCAAACCCCGAGAUCCUGCAGAUUCUUAUCCAGGAGAACAAGAAGGUGAUUGCUCCCAUGAUGUCCCGGCAUGGAAAGCUCUGGUCCAAUUUCUGGGGGGCGCUGAGCCCCGAUGGAUACUACGCCCGCUCGGAGGACUACGUGGAACUGGUGCAGGGCAAGAGGAUAGGGGUGUGGAAUGUCCCUUACAUCUCUCAGGCUUACCUGCUGAGGGGGGAGACGUUACGCAGUGAGCUGGUCCAGCAGAACGUCUUCACUUUGGACGAGACAGACCCAGAUAUGGCUUUUUGCAAGAGCGUCCGGGAAAAGGGUAUCUUUCUUCACAUCAGCAACCGGGACGAGUUCGGGCGUCUCCUCUCCACCACCAGCUUCAACACCUCCCGUCUGCAUCCAGAGCUAUGGCAGAUUAUGGAGAACCCCCUGGACUGGCAGGAGAAAUACAUCCAUGAGAAUUACUCACAAGUGCUGGAAGGGGAACACUACAUGCAGCCGUGUCCCGACGUUUACUGGUUCCCCGUGUUCACCGACCAGAUGUGUGAUGAGCUGGUGGAAGAGGCCGAAAACUUUGGCGAGUGGUCUGGGGGGAAGCAUGAGGACAACCGACUGGCCGGUGGCUACGAGAACGUCCCGACUGUCGAUAUACACAUGAAUCAAAUCGGCUUUGAGAAAGAGUGGCUCCGGUUCCUACAAGAAUACAUCGCGCCUGUCACCGAGAAGCUCUACCCUGGCUACUACACCAAGGCUCGGGCGAUCAUGAACUUCAUGGUCCGGUACCGUCCCGAUGAGCAGCCCUACCUGCGUCCUCACCAUGAUUCAUCCACGUUCACCAUCAAUGUUGCUCUCAACCAUAAAGGAGUCGACUAUGAGGGCGGUGGCUGCCGGUUUAUCCGCUACAACUGCACCGUGGAGUCCCCCCGCAAGGGUUGGAGCUUGAUGCACCCCGGACGCCUCACUCACUACCACGAAGGACUGCCCACCACGAGCGGUACCCGCUACAUCAUGGUCUCCUUUGUGGACCCCUAAUGUCAGCUCUGCCUCCCUUCUUGGUCCUGGGGGUGCAGAAUGGGCCAACGCGGUCAAAGCACUGAAAGCCAAAGACUUGCG